UUAUGAUUAGGAGUAAGGAGUAGCCUUCAGUAAUUGAAGAUUGAAGUUUGGGUUGGAAGCCCUAAUCAAUCAUCGAGAAAGGUCCUCCAUUCUCUUCUUUACUAAAACCACUGAAUCAGUGAAUCAUCGAAUGGAUAAAGGAAAGGGAGUCAUGGGAUCCAACGCUCGAAGAUGGGCCGUUGACUUCUCCGACAAUUCAACCUCUCCUUCCUCUCGCGACGUUCCUGAUCCUCCCGCUUUCUCUCGUGCUUCCAUUGAUCAGGACGAUUCAACCCUCAGUCGCCAGAAGAAGGAUGCUGAAUCAAACUGGAAAGCACAGAAAGCUUGGGAAGUAGCACAAGCCCCUUUCAAGAACUUGCUAAUGAUGGGGUUUAUGAUGUGGUUGGCUGGAAGUACAGUGCACCUGUUCAGCAUUGCUAUCACCUUCUCAGCUCUUUGGCAGCCUAUCAGCGCCUUGCAAAGCGUUGGCAAGAGAAGUGGAAUAUUCAGGUGGGGGUCUUAAUUUGAGUUGAUGAGAAAUCUCUUGUUCAUCCUAGUGUGUUUUUGAUGAAAUUUAAAUAGAGAAGGAUGAGGCUUGCUUUGUUAUUUACGAUAAACGUAACAUACUCUUGGAGUCACCUGGAUUGGCCAAGGUUUGUAGGAGGCUAUAGUAAUCUGAAUAAUUAAGAAAAAAAUGUUUCUCUUUUAUCUUGUUUUUGGAUAAACUUCUAUUUUUGCCUAGGAUUCCAAUAUUUGCAUGUCAAUUUUCUCUCAUUUUCAUUUUAAUUUAGAUAUUAUGAAGCAUUGUAGUAAUUGACUUGGUUUAUAAGCUUGAGUACAUUCAUGGAUAUGGAUACUCAGAUGCUAAAAAUCUCAUAUGACCUUGCGGGUUGUGAUGCUUAGGUUAAAAAAAAUUAAAACAUGACAAGCUCGUGAGAUUUUCCCGUGAGGUUGCAUUUCUUUUGAUUUAUAUUUCAUCACGGCAGCAUAUAUGAUGUAUCACAAUCUUAGCAUAGCUAUAAAUAAGACUGUUGUCUUGUAUACUGAAUGCUAUAGAAGAGCUGAUAUUAUUAUAAUAUCUCCUCUCUUGUUUACAUAAGCUUGAGGAGACAAUCACCUAGUAUCGGAUCCAAAGUGCUUAUGUCAUUUGUUUAUAUAUUUAAACUAACGAAAAUUACUAUCAAGUUGUCAA